AUGACUGCUAACCCAAAAAUACUCGCUAUCCCACCGGAAUUGACUGACCCACCUCAAGAUCAAAUUCAUCGUUUUCUGACUUCUCUCCAACCCCAUGUCGCCCAACACGCUCAACAAGGACAAGAACACUUCCAAAGAAAUCUCUGUACGAGUAGUGAAGGAUUUGCUCCGGAUCAUGCUCAACCUCAAAACACUGAUUGGAAGAACAAAUGGGCUGAUCCUCUCCUCAGACCUAUACAAGACCACCGAGCUGUUAAUGCUUCCCCUGGUCCCAAAACGCCUCGCCAAGUGCCCGGAGAAGAGUACCCAAACAUGUCAAGGGAGAAAGCUCAACGAAUGUAUGAACGCAAACUUCGUCGAAGAGAUAAAGCCGCAAUUCGCAAGAGGGUCCCUUCACCAGACAAUCCACCUUCGACCAACGACGAGACGGAUAAAUGGUCAUAUUCGUUGGAGAAGAAACGUCGAACUGUUCAUUAUAUUCCGCCAGUGGGAACUUCCCGACAGAUUAAAGGUAGUCAUCGACUGACGUUACCACCAGACAAGCGUUAUGGCGUCAUAGUGAAAGGCAAGCUUCCGGCAGCUUUUCGAGCGGAUAAAUUGGCGGAGGAAGCUCGUGCGGCUGUUGGUCAUCCCCCGUCGGCUCCUAUCCUACGUCAUUCAAGUGGUCGAUCGCGUCCGGAGUCACCAUCUGUCCGUCCUGGGACAGUUCAAGGUAAACUGCCCCCGCCUGGAAGGACCAAUUCCCCGAGUUGGCCUAGUUGGUCAAGUCAACCAAAAUCACAUCCUACAGGAUCUUCUAGACCUCAGAUCUAUCAUCAACCCCAACACAACCAGGAACAUCACCAAUACGAUCAACGACAACAGCCUCAACAGCAACGUCAUGAUCCCUCACAUCCAAGCAACUCUAGUCUCCUGCCAUCCAAUCCUCCAGUCCCCUCAUCAAUCCGACAUCACACGCCUCAUCGUUCAGCUCUCUCUGACCGACCCCUCUUCCCAACCAUAAACACUCAGGGCGAAGAUAUGAUCCCUUCGCGUCAACUGGAUCAUCUAGUACCACCCACAAGACGACGGACGAUCUUUGGUCAGACCAUCCCUGCUGAUUACAUCCCUCCAUUCGAUCCUCAACCUUCUUCGUCCAUUUCAGAUCCUCGUUCUUACGGCGUCUGUGACGGAUAUAUGAGAAAUACUCAAUACCAUCUGCACCAUAAGGGUAUGAGUAAUCAACCGGAGAAUGACGUUCAAUACCGUCCCGAUCCUCCUUAUCCCAUCGAAAACUAUAUCACCCCACAUGAGUAUCAUCCUCAACAACCGGAACCGGAAUAUGUGUAUCAGGUCGAACCAGAACAAGUCGUCUGUCAUUCUGACCGAUGGUUGCGGGAGUAUCAGAUGAGCUAUGAAACGAAUAACAACGUCUAUCCCUCUCAAUAUUCCCAUUACACUCCUCAAAAUCAAUACAUCAACCAAUCAUCUCAUCUUUAUCCAUCUUUCCCUAAUCACCCCGAGGUCCAGUUCGAUCCUCAUUUUUCUCCUUCGUAUCCAGGAAAAAAUCAAACUCAACAACAACAAAUAAAUUAUACACCUCCACCUCCACUCCCACGAACCAACAUUCAACAAGAUCAAGAAGAAAAGGAUGCAGAAAUCAUCUACAUAACCCCUCCUUCACCUAUGAUCCUUGAUCCCCAUCCUCAACAUUCUUUUCCGAUGAAUUGUGAUAUCAACCAAGAAAUAACCUUUCGUCCUUCUUUCUCCAGUACCCCUCUUCGUAUGACUCAACCGACGGAAAGAAAUCCCUACGUUCUUCGAACAUCUGAAUCCCCAUUACCUCCUGGUCCAAACGGGACUAAAUGGGAUACUUCUUCUCUAUCAUUUUCUCUCCUUGACGUAGCUCAACGCACCUGUGCGUUACAUCUGAACCCUCCUAUCACACAAGAUUAUGCCGGUCCUUCUACCUCUUGGGGUGUUGUAGAUACGAGGGAUGAAGAUGGAGAAGUUAGGGGAGAUGGGGAUGAUAGAAUGGGGAAUAAGGAUGAAGAGACUGAAAAAUUGAAAGAGUUUUGGAGUAGGAAAUCUCAUCUCUUGCAUCGUUGA